CAAAAAACAGCAUUGCUACAAGUCUCCGUGGUUGUAGGGCUGUGGAAGGGCAGCAGUUCCUGCUUAGGGGCGGAAUCUGUUGCCACGCUAGCCUGACUGACGUGGCUGCCGUGUUAUGACGACCCCCAACAAAGGAAACAAGGCCUUGAAGGUGAAGCGGGAGCCAGGCGAGAAUGGGACCAGCCUGACAGAUGAGGAGCUGGUGACCAUGUCUGUGCGGGAGCUGAACCAGCAUCUGCGGGGCCUGUCCAAGGAGGAGAUCAUCCAGCUGAAGCAGCGCCGGCGCACGCUGAAGAACCGAGGCUACGCGGCCAGCUGCAGGGUCAAGCGCGUUACCCAGAAGGAGGAACUGGAGAAGCAGAAGGCAGAGCUGCAGCAGGAGGUGGAGAAGCUGGCCUCUGAGAAUGCCAGCAUGAAAAUGGAACUCGAUGCUCUCCGCUCCAAAUAUGAGGCACUCCAGAACUUCGCCAGAACCGUGGCCCGGAGCCCUGUCACCCCCGUGCGGGGCCCUCUCACCUCCAGCAUGGGGCCCCUCGUCCCUGGCAAGGUCGCUACCACUAGUGUCAUCACAAUAGUGAAAUCCAAAACGGACGCCCGGUCUUAGUGAAGCGAGUGUUGCCUGAGCUUGUCUGUGCAGGGCAAUUAGGCACAAAACCAGCCUGGAAUCCCCAAAGCACAAACCCUCCCCACACGGGUCAGGGUUCCUUCUACUUGGCCCAGGACUGGCCUGCUGAUCGCUCUGGUUUUGUUUUGUUGUGUUCAGAUUGGUAUGAGCAGUGGUGAUGCUUCCCUUGUCCUGUGCAGACAGCACCUCCCACCCAGCGGUCUGUAGCCCUCAGCUGCCCUUGGGACAGGCUGUAAGAUCUCGGUGUUCUGGCCAAAGGAAGUCUGCGCUGCGCGGCGAGAGGCCCGGAGGGAGGCUUUCUUCCUGGAACCCCAGUUUUCAGUCACUUCCAAAGGCUUUAUUUCAUUACUCUUCCAGGUGGUGUAUCCAGGUGCCUGACUGCCCGGCACCUGAGCCUGCUGCUUUUGUCUCAUCCGGUACCUGUAGUUGCAGCUGGGGUGUUCUGUGUAAUAGAUGUGGUAUUCAUUUCUAGGUGCGCCUCUGUGCCCAAGCAGUGAGUUUCCUUCAGGCUUCCAUUGCAGUAGAGUGCGGAUAGCAGCGGUGGAUGGGAAGAUGCUGGUGUGCCCCACUGCCUGUGCCCCAGCUGAGGGGAGGGGGAUGGGAUGGGGUCUGGGAGGGGGGGGAGGGAGGUACAUUGCUGACUGCAGGCCGGUUUUGUGCCUAAUGUGUUGCACUGAACAAGACCAAAAUCACUAGUUGUUCCCGUGUUUUGAGGGUAUCAAGUGUCUCUAGUGUGAUGGUUUACACAACCAGUUUAUGUGGUUAAAUAGCCCUUUUAUUUAAAGAGAAACAUCGUUUUAAGAGUUAUUAAAUUAUCUAAGUUUAAAAUGAAAAUCAGACAGAAGAGAGAGCGUAUUUAUAGUCAGCUUUUUUUAUCCGAGAGGGCGAGAAUAUUUGGCCAUAGAAAUGGGGAAAUAUUCUCGGAGACUUUGCUAGUUAGAAGUUAAUAAAUAAAUAAUUUUAAAGUUUCUCAUGAA